CUUAAACACAGCAUCAUCUCCAAUUGACGACGCCUCAAAUUCAACAGCACCAGCCACAGCACGCCACAGCCACGGGGCAAGCGAAAGAAGAACAACACCAUCAUCACACGCGAGGAAUUAUAUGCAAAUCAGAUACCGGAUGAGCCGAUAGGCUCGAUCGUCAACUACAAUCUCCCCUACUACUCGUCAUCACCACCCAUCACACCUCAUCAUGCGCAUUACACAACAACUCUACGCCAAGGGCUUCCUGUCACGGAGUGUCGAAGAGCUCAAGCGACGCUCCAGCAUUGCAUGGAAGCUUGAAGCAGUUAAAGGACCAUCCGCUCCACGACCACUGUACGACUUCCGAGAUGCCGACAGCGUAAAAGAAUGUGUCCUCAUGUCCGACGACCUCAUUGGAGGCUCCUCAGAAAGCAACUUUGACUUCAUAAACAAUACAAACGCGUCAACAUCCCCGACACCGAAUAGUCCUUCGAAUUACGCCCGAUUCUACGGAAGCAUAUCGACGUCGCUGCCCGCCGAUCGAUUGGCCAUCCAGCGUACCGGCUAUGCAGCCUUCCGCACACCAAACCAAAAACCCACUGUCUUUGGACGCUCUUUGUGGGAUAUCGAUCCGUACUCAUUCCUUGCUCUACGCGUAAAGUCGGACGGCCGAUCAUAUUUCGUCAAUGUUCAGACGGAGGGUGUUGAGCCGACAGAUCUUCACCAGCACAGGCUGUUUGUCAAGCAGCCUGGCCAAUGGGAGACAGUCCUGAUACGAUGGAACGACUUUGUACGGACAAACUACGGGUUCGUGGUUGAGCCGCAAACAGAGAUCCUCAGACAAAAGGUUCGAAGUGUUGGUGUUGGCUUGACAGAUCGCGUCGAAGGCCCAUUUGAACUCUGCAUCGAGAGCAUGUGGGCUACCAACGACGCAGACUCGGGGACGCUGUCGGAUGAGGCACCAUUGGGAAACGAAUUGAAGAAUAAAAGGGGCGAAAGCAUCAAAUGGUGAACCGUUGACUUUUUAUUGUAACCAAAAACUCUACUGUACAUAUAUAACCUCGUGAGGCAAGUCUAGUCGGCUAGUGCUGCCCUCGCAUUUAUUUAUACUCAUUACCAUCAUUAUUUCGUAAUUACGCCGUUUCAAUGCUUAGCGACUCUGCCUGUUUCCGUAGCGUGACAUAUGCGCCUGCGUAGUCGAGAGCCAGUUGCUUCUCGCCCGAUAGCUUCAUAAUCAUGGCCUUCUUGGCCAUCAUUUCGGAUUGCAGAUUGACGUCCUCUAGGCUGGACGCGUGGUCAAAACAUGACUGCACAGCAGAGAGAGCUCUUGUCAUGAAUUCCCCUCGGCGGCUUGACUUUGGGCUCAUGCUGCCAGCCAUGCCCAUGUUCGCAUCUGCCAGCGUUGAGUAAAGCUUGGCAGCAAGCUCAGGCAGCUCACAUUCUAGAGCUCGCGGAAUCACAUUGUCGAGAAUUUGUAGGGUUGCGCUGAACUCUCCCAGAGAAACUAAAAUGUUGGCCAGACAUCCCAUAGCCUCCCAUAAUUGUGUGAUUAGGCGCGACUGCCAGGCCAUGUUUGCCGCUCUUAAUGCUGUCGAGAAUACUCUUUGUGGGCGACCGCACUUACUUAGAAGCGAUGCUUUUAUAACCAUGAGUUUUACGCGGAGGGCAAUGUCUCUGUUCUGAUCUCGGAACCUGGCAAUCAGUUGCUCAACUUUGGCAAAUGCCGCUGGCAAGUCGCGGCGCCUUGUCAGGUAGUCAAUGUGAAGACUAUCAAUCGAAAAGAUCAUCUCGGGAUCAAUAUCAUCCGUGCUCGACUGAAGAAGCUGGCUCAAAAGCUCAUGCGCGCCGUCGAGGUUGUUAUGGCAGAGGUCUUUCUUCAGUCGGAUAAUGCCACGGCAUUUGUACCAGUACUGGCUUGGCUUCCACGACCGCAGCGAGUUCCCUUGGAGACCGUCAAGUGUUUGCAAGGCUUCUUCGUACCGACCACGCUCCGACAACAUAAAUGCGAGCUUGCAAGUCAGUUUCAGCUCAUCAUCGAAGAGAGAGUUGCGGGCGUGACAUCGUAAAAACAUUUCGCAAGUUAUAACGGACAAGUGAUUCAAUCCUAGGCGUGACCACAGCGCCGCAUAGAGCGAGAGCUGUGUGCCGAACAUGGUAGCCAUGUUGUGAUCCACGAUAACAUGAGAGCUGCGGACCAUGUAUUCUAGAGAUGUUGCAAUGCUGUCGCCGCAUGUGAGGCCGAGCUUUGCUUCGCUCAGCAGCACUGAACUCCAGAGCGCCCACAUGCCUGAUUCUUUUGCCUUGACUCGGAGGAAGGCUAAGCUUUCUUUUCCUGCACCUAACAAGCUAUUGGAUUCUAGCUCGUGGACCAAAUCCGGAUGCGCUCUGCCAAAAUGGAAUAGCCAGUUCAAGGCAAAGUUCAGGCAAGUCAUGUCGCGGUUUUCUCUGGCAGUGGACACAGUUUCCAACAUUGCUGCCACUGCUUCUCUGUAGCAACCAAAAUCGGCUUGGAGAACUGCCAAGUUCAUCAACGCAUAUUGAUAAAAUAAUCGAUCACGAUAUUGCAUGGUAUAAUCGAAGUAGCGAUGCAACAAGUCGAACGCACUCGGGU